AUGGAAUGCACGGUUUUGGCCAAACCUUGGGAAGUGAUCCCCGACCCCCGGCAGACCCCGGCGGGUCAUGCAGCCACCCUGGGAUCCAUGUAUGCCUGCGCCGUGGCUUCCCUCGUCUUUGGUCUGUUUCUCAUGUGCACGGUGAGAAUGAGACCUCCUACAUGUUGGGACACGGAUGAAGAUGAGGUCUUAACUUAUCGGAUCGAGGACUCGGACAACCUCCACGAGCGCUUUUACAUCCUCUCUACUUUGGGGUAUCUCAUAGCCGGGCUUGCCACGCAGUUUUACCCGGGUGAUAUGAACUGGGCCAUCCAGAUCAGCAAGGUGGUGAUCAUCCUGGCAUGGAGCUGCCUCGUCCUCGCCAGCUGCGGAGCAGUAGAGGCCAUGGGCGCAGAGAAGUGUCUCUACGUAAUGUUUCGGAUACUGGGGCUGGUUGUGGUACUCGCCGGUUUGGUUGAAGUGGUGAUCCCAGGGGACAGGUACUUCCAAGGCUUCAUGUGGAGUCUGACUGCCAUGGCCUUGGUCUGUGUCUUCGCAUGGUUUGUGGUGUUGCAACACGACCACCCCAAGAAAGGGGAACGCCGUGAGUGCGGUCCCUCGGCCGUUUUCCGCGUGCAAUUCCAUAUCUUUGCAGCGGCGAGCUUCGCAUUCGUUGCGAUGACGGAGCCUCAUUGUGGCUACGCAGGGCAUGCUACCUGCUAUGGGAACUGCUUUUCGCAUGGCGCACCAGGUCCACAUUUCCCGUUUUCGCUCAUACCGUUGAUGUUCUUCUACCUCUCCCUACCCGUGAUGCAAGGCUUCCAUCCUUACCCUUCGGUCGUUCCAGACAUCCCCUGGCCCUGUUGGCGGGACUCAGUGACUGAGCCAAUUGAACCAGCUCCAGCAGAGCAGGUGCCGCCAUCUGUUUUGGGGCAGGAUGAGGAAGAAGCAAAUUCUGCAGAGCCAGUACCUUGA